AUGAGUUCUAGUAAAGAAGAUUCUAGCAUAUCAAUUUCUACUAUAGAUAAAGACAAAAAAAAUAUUAGUAAUCAUCCAUAUAGUCCAGAUUGGAAAUAUUUUACUAGAGAUGAAAAAAAUUGUGAUGAACUAGCUAAAUUAGAAAAUCAUCUAGCCAAUCAUUGUACAAAAGCAGAUUCAACAAUUAUAAGAAAAUUUCUUACAAGAAUUCUUUCAAAUAAUUUAGAAAAAGAUGAAUCUAAUAAAAAAAGAAAAAGUAAUAGUCAAGAAAAACUUAAUCAAUAU